UCGAAAAGUUACAUGUAAAAACUUGCUGUCAGCUGUUUUUAUUGGGAACUCUUUUGGAAAGCAGUUAAAAUUGGCAGGUUUACAGGCUGAUGUGUUGGUCAGAGCAUCAGUUCAAUAACUUUGUUUUUAAACAAACAUGACACGAGAAAGAAGAGGUUAUGUUUAACACUUUUUUGAAGGUUUUCUGUUUUAUUCCUGUUUGAAGGUGAAUAUAUGUACCUAGUGUAUUGGCUAAUUUCAAUCAAAAAAGAAUUAAGGAAUGAUAAAUUAUAUGGAGCUCUGAGUCUCCACAAAAGCUGGGAGGUCCAGCUCUGCCUCUGCCAGCAGCCUGCUGUUAGUUUCACUUUCCUGUCGGCACACAGUGGAUAAACCUGCUCAGUCACUCAGUCACUGCGGGAUGAUCCACAGCAAUAACGAUGUGGAGACGUCAAGCCUCCCCUCUCAACGACCUGAGGGGCUCCGACGAUGCUGAUGCUGAUCAGGUUUAUCUGCACGAUGAGUUCUGGGACUACCGCCGAUUGGCCCACAUUAUUAACAUCUGCAGGGAGUAUGAGCAGACAGCAGAGGGCAACUUCCUUUCAUAUGUUUCACAGGUAAGAUGAAGUGGAAGGACCCAGACUUCUCAAAACAAGCUCCAAUCAAUGGAUCAUGAUUUAUUAGACGACACCCCUGCACACACAUGCUCUAGAGAAGGAACAGGCAUGGUGAGAAAUGGCUGCUGAUGACCUGUGUGCUUUUAUUCCUCCUGGCAUUCACUUUCCUCAUGGGAUCAGUUGGAAAGGAAAACACUGAUGUACAAGACUACGAUGCUGAUGUGGUUCCUCCAUCUGGAGCUUUGUGGUUGUUGGGGUGCCUGCUCUUCUGGACUGUUUGGUUGCUCCUGCGCCUCCUCCAGAUGUUCCUCUGGCUGACUAAAUGGCUGCUAUGGUUCAUCUCUAUUUCCGUGUCCCCGCUGUGUCACGCUUUGUCCCUCCUUCUGUCCUGCCUCCUGCUGCUGCUGCAUUACGUGUGUGACGCUGUGUUUUUUGCCACCACCAGUCCUGUGUACGUCUAUGGCACGCUUCUCACUGUGUUCACUUCACUGCUCAUCUUCACCAGGUGACAGCCAAACAUGAACAGAGAAAAAAUACUGUGGUGAUUAGUGUACAUAGUAUACUGUAUGUAUAAACAUAUAUGCAUACAGUACAUACACACAUGAAAUUUAAUUAUAUGAUCUGAAGGCAUUAAAAAGUUGAAACUGUGACUGUGAAUGUUCACUUGAAAAAGGGAUUUUUUUUUUCCUGUUUUAGUGCAUUAAGUUUUCUCUCACAUGAAAAAAAAAACUCUUUUCCAUGCUGAUGUUGAUCUCUGUAUCCAUGCACACCAUAUGUUAAUGGAAAUAAUUUACCUGGCCUGCCCAUCACAUGUUUGUGUGGGUAUGCACUAAUUGAUUACUUACUGGAUUUGGUCAUGUACUUUGUUUUCAGUACAAUACGUGACAGAAAAGAAUUCACCUGCACCUCAAAAAUAGUUAAAUUGGGAUGGCUUGUCCAUGGAAAACAGCUGAUUCCCGGGUCAGUGGGUAAGGUUAGGGUUAUGUUUAGUCUGUGUAAUUUCCCCAAAACUGUGUGUGUGUUUAUGUGUGCGUGUCUGCACGCUUCAUUGCCUCUGAGUGUGUGGUGUAAAGCUCAGGUUCAAAGUACAAAAGAGGACUUUUACUUGGGAUAUUUUAUACUAACAACUUCCUUCUUCAUAAAUCACCGCAGUGUUUCCUCGUUCUCAGAGCCAGAACAGCACUGCGACUGAAGGAAAAGGGGGUAGAACAGCUUAUCAGUGCAGGUUUAUAGACCAAUAAUCGCAUCAGCUACACUUAAAAACUCAACGAGAAUUUAUCACUGCUUUGAGAGGAACCAGCCUCUAUCAGGAUCCAGCUGAACAACUUAUUCAGCAUCAGUGACUCCACUGCUGGACAAGCAGACACAAACCAAGCAGGAGCUGAACUGAAUCUGGCCACAGGACCCACACAGAGUGCUGGACGAUGUCUGUGCACCCCAGAGUCAUCCACAAGAGGAGGGCGACCAUCACAGCUCUGCCUCUCUACUACUCUGGACACCUGCUGAAGAAGCACAUAACAGAGACGGAUUUUAAGAGGUACUACGGAGAGCUCCGGGGAGCCACACUCUUCCUGUAUGAGGACGACACACAGGACACAUACACAGAGAAGUUGGACUUGGAGCAGCUGACGUCCAUGAAGUUAGAUUCUCCGUAUAACAGGAAGGCACCAACUAUCUUCACUCUCAUGAUGCCCACUGAGGGGGUGCAGUUGAAGAUGGAGAAUCCUGACACCGGAGAGGAGUGGAGGGGUUACAUCCUGACUGUGACCAAAAAAGAGAUUCCCAGUGAGCUGCAGCUGCUGCCUGGCCAGUUGGUCCAGCUGCAGGAGGUUCUGGAUCAGGAGAGGAGGAGAAACCCCCCCAUGCUGCGCCCACCCCUCCCACCCCGACCAUCCUUCCUACUGUCAGCCUCCCCCUCCCCUCCACCGCCCAAACACAAGCCUGUUAGCUCCCCGGAGGUUCCUGCGGGUUUCUUCAGUGUGACUCGGCAGGAGGCUGAGCGGAUGUUGGAGGCAAACCCAGAGUAUGGAGCCAUGAUUCUCCGCCCGUCCACCCUGGCCAACAGUUAUGCCCUGACCCUCAGACAACUGACGCCCAGUGGGCCUGUCAUCAGGAACUACAGAGUGACAACCUUUAAAUCGGGCUUCGUCAUUGAACUGGACACACCAGUGGCGGUCUCCUCCUUGAAGGAUGUACUUAAAUACUUCCUUGAAAAGACGGAGCACCGUCUUCGUCCCUACAUGUUGUCUCAGCCCUACGACACUCACAUUGAGGUGUCACUUGCUCCAAGCAUCAACUCGCCUGCACCUAAAACAGUACCCAAGGCACAAGUGGCCCCUACGCUGCGUUCAAAGACCAAAGAAGUUCCUCUGCCCCCUCCGAGCAGGCCAGUGGACAGCGAAUACGUGGUCCCUGAUGAGGACAGACCUGAUGAUCUAAAUGAACUGAAGCUGGCUCAGUUGGAUGGUGAGCUGCAGGAAGCUUUAGAAGCACAGAGGGAUACGAUCUACGCUGCAACCGCCAAAGAGGAAGUCACCACCUAUGAGAACCCAACCGGUGAAAACUGCCACUCAAGCAGAGCCCAGUGGAGCAUAAAGAGCGUAGUGUGAGGCCUCACAAGUCUGCAAAUGUUUAAUUUUUUAACUUCGGCUGAAAGAUUUCACGCUCCCCUGCCGACAACAGUCUGUCACCUUUGGUGUGAAAAUAUUUCAAAAAUGCGCUGAACGUCAAACACGUGGCGGACGGUUCAAUUAAAAUGCAAGAGGUUCCCGAUUUCUUAAAGCAAGGGUCUCCCAAAAGAUAAUUAGCAGUCCACCUGUCUUGAAGUCCACAGCCAUGCUAGUGUAGGUGCAGUGCUUUGAGCUAAAUGCUACGAAACAGUAGAACAUUAAAACAGAAUAUUAUGGUUUAAUGUUAUCUGUUAUCUACAAGUCACUGCGUUAAGCUGCAAGUGACUGUUUAAUCAUUUUACAAAGACAGAUAGCUUUUGUGUCUAAAUGAUGAGAGAGAGAGCUUCAUGACCCAGAUUUGGGGCACACUUUCUACUGAGGGACACACUCACCAUUCAGUAGUUGCUUAUUAGCGUGCAUGAUUUUUUAUUAGUCAUUAUAAAGCACUUAUCGAUUCCAUAUUAUGGGGGUUAGCAUUGGGUUAUUGAGAUCGUGAUUCAUGUGCAGCAACUUCCUUACUAUCAAUAAGCAGUAAUUAUGAGGGAAAUUGAGGAAAACUCUUGAUGGCCUGACAAAAAAGAAAAAGAAAAUUUCUGAUCAUAUUCAAUGAAGAAAAACUGUAAAUCCUCACAUUUGAGAGGCUGGAACAAGCAACUGUUUGGUAUUUGUGCUUCCCAAAAUACAGUAGUUUCCGAUUAAUUUUCUUUCAAAUGACCAAACAUUACAGCUCCAGUUCCAACUACGCAAUGAUAUCGAGGAUUUUUGUCACACAGUAUGGAAGGUUAUCAUGACUCCUGUUUUUACUCAGUCGUUUUAACAAAAAUGAACAUUACGAUAAAACUGUCUGAGCCGAUCACUGUGCAGAUGAGACUGUUGAUAAAACUACAAAUACACACCAGUCUUAUGUUUGUUCUUACGUUUAAAAGCGUUCAAUAAAACACACAACCACAGUCCAGGAUGAUCAUUACUCUUUAUUUUUUCACACAUAGGAGUAAGCCAACAUAAACAUUUCAAAUGUUAUAAUCAUAUUUUUAUAAGUUAUUCCAUUAAGAUUGUAUUCUCGUAUUUUUCAUCAUUAUCAUGGAUCAUGUUAUAGGUUUAAAGUUUAAGGAUCAUUCAUCACUCAAUAAAAGACAGCAAGACUGUGAAAAAUAGUCAAUAAAAAAAGAAAAACAAAGACUCUCUCCCUUUUGUCUCCUUCACCGUAGUGUGUUUCACAGUACCUGUUUCCACCUCUUCUUAUUCACCCCCCUCUGACCUUUUUCACAUCUCAUGUUCUGGUCCUUUACACUCUGUUGUAGCAGCCUUCGUGUAAGAAAGACAAAUAAAAUAUCUGUAAUAACUUAAUAUGUCAAGCUUUAAAAAAAUAAAAGUAAAACAGAAUAAAUUAAGAUGAUUGUUCCCCAA